AUGACGGGCUCGGAGCGUAGUUUAAAGAUUGCAGAAGUACUGGUAAGGCUGAAGUGGUCACGCGCCGAAUGGAUUCGUAAACUUCCUGUUGACAUGCGGACGACGCUCAUGCAAAUCAUGAAUAUCGAUCUGGUGAUGCGCUACGAUUCAUUCCGUGAAGUCGAAGCUGGUGAGCUUCCUGCCGUUGCUCAUAGGAAUUUACUGUCAGCGAUAGAUUGGGUCGAUCAUCUAUUCGACAUCAUUGACAUUCAGAAUCUCGACGAUAAGGUGGCGACGGUGAAGCACUGUUUCGCUCCGCUGAUGGUCUCUCCUCGCGCCUAUUCAGUGUCGUGA